UGGAGAUCCGACACUUCCGUUCCCUGCCACCCAAGCGCCAUGAGGGGCCUUCUUUGCUCGCCACUGCCCAUGUUGCUGUUUCUUCUUCAGCCCUGGGAAACCCAGCUCCAGUUUGCAGGUCCCAGGUGUCGGUCGGGGCCCCUGGAUUUGGUGUUCGUGAUUGACAGCUCGCGCAGCGUGCGCCCCUUUGAGUUCGAGACCAUGCGGCAGUUCCUGGUGGGCCUCCUCCGCGGCCUGGACGUGGGGCCCGAUGCCACGCGCGUCGGCGUGAUCCAGUACUCGAGUCAAGUGCAAAGCGUCUUCCCGCUGGGCGCCUUCUCGCGCCGCGAGGAUAUGGAGCGCGCCAUCCGCGCGCUGGUGCCGCUAGCUCAAGGCACCAUGACGGGGUUGGCAAUCCAGUACGCCAUGAACGUGGCCUUCAGUGUGGCCGAGGGCGCGCGCCCCCCGCAGGCGCGCGUGCCGCGCAUCGCUGUCAUCGUGACCGACGGGCGGCCCCAGGAUCGCGUGGCUGAGGUGGCGGCGCAGGCGCGCGCCCGCGGCAUUGAGAUCUACGCAGUGGGGGUGCAGCGCGCCGACGUGGGCUCCCUGCGGGCCAUGGCGUCUCCCCCGCUGGACGAGCACGUCUUCCUCGUUGAGUCCUUCGAUCUUAUCCAGGAGUUUGGCCUGCAGUUCCAGGGCCGGCUCUGUGGAAAGGACCUGUGUACUGAGGGGGGACACGGCUGCCAGCACCAAUGUGUCAGCGCCCCAGGCACGUUCCACUGUGCCUGCAACCCUGGCUACCAGCUAGCUGCAGAUAACAAGAGCUGUUUGGCCAUUGACCUGUGCACUCAAGGGACCCAUGGCUGUGAGCACCACUGCAUCAGCUCCCCAGGCUCCUAUUUCUGUCGCUGCCGAGCUGGCUUUGUACUCCAGCAGGACCAGAGAAGCUGCAGGGCCAUUGACCACUGCAGCUUUGGGAACCACAGCUGCCAGCAUGAGUGUGUUAGCACAUUUGCUGGGCCACGGUGCCACUGCAGAGAGGGCCACGACUUGCUGCCCGAUGGGAAGAGCUGUGAGGCCCGGGACCUUUGCAAUGGUGUAGACCAUGGAUGUGAGUUCCAGUGUGUGAGUGAGGGCCUCUCUUACCGCUGCCUGUGCCCCGAGGGCCAGCAACUCCAAGCAGAUGGCAAGAGCUGCAACCGGUGCCGGGAAGGCCACGUGGACCUGGUUCUGCUCGUCGAUGGCUCCAAGAGCGUGCGCCCGCAGAAUUUCGAGCUGGUGAAACGCUUUGUGAACCAGAUCGUGGAUUUCCUGGACGUGUCCCCCGAGGGCACGCGCGUGGGGCUGGUGCAGUUCUCGAGCCGCGUGCGCACCGAGUUCCCGCUGGGCCGCUAUGGCACGGCGGCCGAGGUCAAGCAGGCCGUCCUGGCCGUGGAAUACAUGGAGCGCGGUACCAUGACAGGGCUGGCGCUGCGCCACAUGGUGGAACACAGCUUCUCCGAGGCGCAAGGCGCACGGCCCCGCGCCCUCAACGUGCCUCGCGUGGGCCUGGUCUUCACCGACGGCCGCUCCCAGGACGACAUCUCGGUGUGGGCCGCGCGCGCCAAGGAGGAAGGCAUCGUCAUGUACGCCGUGGGCGUGGGCAAGGCGGUGGAGGAGGAGCUGCGCCAGAUCGCCUCCGAGCCCGCGGAGCUGCAUGUGUCCUACUCCCCUGACUUUGGCACCAUGACGCACCUGCUGGAGAACCUCAGAGGCAGCAUCUGCCCGGAGGAGGGCAUCGGCCCAGGUACAGAGCUUCGGAGCCCGUGCGAAUGCGAAAGCCUCGUGGAGUUCCAGGGCCGCACGCUGGGGGCGCUCGAGAGGCUGACGCAGAACCUGGCCCAGCUGACGGCGCGCCUGGAGGAUCUGGAGAACCAGCUGGCCACCCAGAAGUGAGGGCCGCCAGGGCCGGGAGCCGGGCAGGGGCGCGGCCCCGCGGACUGUGCCCUCGGGGCGCCGUCGGGGCGCCGGGGCCGGGCAGCUCCGGGGACCCGAGGA